AUGGCCGAAGUCGAGAACCACUUUACCGUCUUCAUCCGUCUCCCCUUCAACCGAGGCGAGUUCAUCGAUCCUCCUCCUGUAGCAUGGUCCGCUGCGAAAGAGCGCGCUCUAUGGGACAUCUUAUCUCGACAAGCCAAGGGCAACGAGAUCGACUGGAGGUCACUGUCGGAAAGAUUCGAGGUCACUCAGCCUUUCCUCUUGCAGCAAGCGGCAUGGCUCUACGAGAGACAGCUGUCCCAGGUGCGAGCUCAGAUGCGUCGUGUAGGUAACAGACAAUCUGCCACACCCUCACCGGCGCCUGGAUCGACGACAGCAAGCAUGGUCGGUGGACAGACGAUGAAACGAGCCGGCAGCGGCGGAUCACGUGUGCCCUCCCGUCUAUCUACCCAGGCCCUUGGAAGUCCAGCGACCGGAGCCGGAGGAGACAGUACUCCAGGGACACCUGCUAAGAGCAGAUCAUCGCUCCCGUUCCGCAACCCCUCCGGUGCUGGUGCUGCCGUUGCCUCCCAGACCAGAGCUAUGCCGGGCACGUCCAGGCCCAUAUCUCGACAGUCAUUCAAGGACCCCGAUGCUCCAGCAUAUGUAUCACAGUCCAGACGGGGAAGUAUUCAGCAUCAACUCUCAAGAUCGCCAGGCCAAACGAGGACGGUGCAGCCCCAAUCCUCGGAUUCCGAGGAUGAGAUGACCCAAUCGCGCAUCACUGCCCGCCGGCCAAAUCCCUCAUCCGUCCACCGGCGAGCCCUGUCUCUCCGCAAAGACCUACAGCCCCAGCGUGGCAGUCCUGCAAACACCAGCCAUUUGAAUGCUCCGCGAACACAAGCCUCGGAUGAUGAGGAUGACAACGACGACGAUGCACCUUCCUUCCUUCCCUUCGCCACGCCUCUAUCAGAAACCAAAGGCCGUCCAUCGUCGUUUUCGCAUCAAGACCCAAGCGCAACCUUGCGAGGCGCACCCAAUAUCCAACCAGCCACUACGUCACAAUCAACAGCCAUGUGGCGUAUGGCAUCUGAACGCGUUGAUUCUCCAACAAUCGAGCCACCAACUCCUGUGCAAACUCACCGACCUCAAUCUCGGGGCCUGCCACCAUCAACAUCUUUACCUUCUGCAGUCACACAAGCACAGACACAGGGAUCAUCACAAGUACAAGCAUUCAGACAAUCCAAGCCUGCAACAUCCGAUCAGCCGCCAUCGGUCGUGGCUGAGCGUCGUUUGACAACGCCUAACCCGAACCCCCUAUCCCCUCCGCAUCGUGCGCUCAUGCAGUCUUCGCCACGGGGCCAUAUAGGUCCAGGCUCGGACACGUCGCCUAGUAUGGGCUCGUCCUUCUCUGACUUAGACGAUGCGAGUGUGACGCAGAGCGCACUGGAAGAGGCCCUCCUCAGCGGGAUGGGCAACACGACCAUGACGAUACCUGGCGGCGGUGGCGUUGCCGGGAGAGUGAGCGGGAUUAGUCAAGCUCUCAGGAGUCGAUACUUUGAGGCUCGGGGAGAUGGGCAGCAAAGAGGAGGUGGAGGUGGAGGGGUCAGUGAGAGGUAG